AUGUCCUUCAACUGCUGUUCUAGAAACUUCUCCUCCCACUCCUGUGGGGGCUACCUGUGCUACCCAGGCUCCUCCAGUGGCUCUCCCUACCCCAGAAACCUGGUCAAUAGCACUGACCUCUGCUCUCCCAGGACCUCUCAGCUGGGUUCUGACAGAGCAUGUCAGGAGACCUGCUGGGAGCCCUCCAGUUGCCAGACUUCAUGUGUGAAGUCCAGCCCCUGCCACACCUUCUGCUGCUACCUCAGGACCCCCAUGCUCUGCAAUUCUUGCUCGACUGUGCAGUCUGGGUCUCUGGGUUUUGGAUCCAAUAGCUGCUGUUCCCUGAGCUAUGGAUCCAGGAGAUGCUCUUAACUGAGCUAUGGAUCCAAUGGAUUCAGAACUCUGAAUUAUAGAAUCCAUGCCUUCCCUUCCCAGAGUAAUGGAUCCAGAUUCUGCCACCCAAUUUAUUUUCUGUCUAGGAGGUGGUUCCAUUCACCUGUUGACAGCCAUUCUGGUUUCUACUGA